CAACGGGAAUCUCUCACUCCAACGGAAUCUCCGCCAGCUCUACGGCUGACAGUUCAAAACCUUUUUUUCUGGCUGGCACAAAAAAUGCCAUGAUUUCUCCCGGUUUAAAUUCUCGUCUCAUUAUCAGAUUCGGUCAAUCCUUGGGCUUUUGUGCCUCGACUCCGUCUCGCGUGGAACUGUGGAGUAACCUAACGGUAGACCAGUCCUGGCACGCUUUUCCUUUUUUGACAUGCGGCCCAGACAAACACACUUUGACCAUCAGCACCGCCGACUUACCUGAAGGCGAUUAUGAAUUUACUGCACGCUCAUGGGAUUCCGCCAGCCACCAAUGGCAUUGGUAUGGUACGACAGACAACAAUGGUCACGUCUAUAUUCGUCCAUAUGGCCCAAGCAUUCAGCCUGAAGAACUGGCUCAGCUUGAACUUGUGACUCAGAAGCAAUACGUUCAAACACAGCUCCAUCACUACCGUGUGCCACUUGGGACCACUCACGUGGGAAGCAUCGAAACGCAGCUACACAGCUACGUUGCCUUUGCUCGUAAAAGUUCUUGUUGGAUGACGCCUAUUCCGGGCGCAGACCGCUUGCAGCCGGAUCAGCAAAAGUGGCAAUUGCUACUAUUUCAGGAUCGUCGACACGGCAAUAUUCAUGCAUGGAUAGCUGUCAGCAUGCCUACCGUUGAUCAUUGGAUGAUCAGUCAUGGAGAUAAUACACUGUCCUUGAACUGUGAAAACGGCCAAGGUCAUUUAAUCGUUGCCUCUACGACCGAACAGAACGUUUCCGGCUUGAUGCGUGAUUGUACGCAGUAUAUCUCAGACCACAUUGUGCAAUGCAAGCCAGAUGGCUCAAACAAAACGCCUGAUUCAGCUACAGCCAGUUACCUAGGCUACUGCACCUGGAAUGCUUUUGGUCAGGGCGUCAGUUUCAAUGAUAUAUCCACUGCAUUAGAUGAAUUGACUCGCAUUCAUGUCCCCAUUCGUUACCUGGUGAUUGAUGAUGGAUGGCAAUGCCACACCAACCGGCAACUACUGUCUAUGGAAGCCGAUUCUGAAAGAUUUCCUUUGGGUCUCCAGAAAUCGGUUAGCCUAUUGAAGAAGAGGUUUCCCGGAUUGCUGACUGUUGGUGUUUGGCACACUUUGUGGGGUUACUGGCAAGGUGUACAUGAAAGCCUGGCAGCACCCUACGGCCAUGUGGACGUAGACUCUGUGGGCCUUGUCGAUCACCCACAUUGUUUCUAUGAAGACUUUUACAAGUUUCUGACGCAAGCAGGCAUACAGAUGAUGAAAGUCGAUAACCAGGGCGCUUUUCAAGAUUUGAAUCUUCCAUUUGAACAGAAGCAAGCACAUUGGAACAAGUACCUUGAUGCCAUGGCACAAACGAUUGAAAAAUAUGCGUUAAGCACGAAUAUCGUCCAUUGUAUGGCUUUCACACCUCAUAUUCUAUUUCAUCCCACAUGCAAAGUUCCCCGCGUAAUAUUUCGUAACAGCGACGAUUACUUCCCAGAUGUGAGCGAUAGCCAUCCUUGGCAUAUUUACGUCAAUGCUAUGAACUCUCUGUGGACCAAUGCUCUGGAUUUAACCGCGGAUUGGGACAUGUUUCAAUCGCGACAUCCGUUUGCUGAAUACCAUGCGAUAAGCCGUGCUAUCUCUGGAGGUCCUGUAUAUAUUACCGAUAUACCGGGUUAUCAUGAUACUUCCAUCUUAUCACGCCUUGUGGCGACCUCUGUAGACGGCGAACAGACUUUGCUACGGUAUCAACAACAAGCCCAGCCUUCUUUUGAUACCGUAUUUCAUAAUCCCAUGCAACCUCCGUACCGAUGCAUUGAGUUAUCCAAUCAACACCGUGAUCACUCUGACCAAUGUUAUGCUGUGGUUGGUUUUUGGAAUCCAAGUGAUACAAGGCAGUUCUCCCACCUUUCGCAUCAUGGUUCGGCACCAAACCAAGAGUUUAUUGUUAACGUUGUUGCUGGUCAUGACAAGGGGACCGUUACCAAGCUUCACAUUGACGCUAACACGAUUGGCGUAACCGUUGCCCCACUUGGCUGCACGAUGCUUUCGUUGUGUCCCAUUGCCACCCUACCUCACCUUUCCUUGUCCACGGCAUGCCUGGGACUCGUUGACAAGUACAACGGUAUCUGCGCUAUUCAAUCAUCGCAAUUAUUAUCUGUUACUGAGACAAAGGCCGAAUUUCGUGUUCUAUUGACCCACAAGAGCCAGCAGUGCGGCUUUUGGAUUGAUCUUCCGUGGAGUUGUACCCGAGUGGAUUUCGGAGGCCAAAUAGCGCCCACGGAUUCAUGGGUGUGGGAUAAUGCGCUUCGUGUCCUAUUGAUUGACAUGACUUCUUGUUCUGCUUCAGCAACACCCUCUGGAUCACUGUUUUUCGUCACAUUGUCGUUAACGAAAGAAGUUCUUUUAUAGAGCGCCAAGUCCUUCUCCGUCCAAAAAUAUCCCCUUUGAAUAAUUUUUUGUUGACAUUCAGUGACAUGUUUUUGCGAAUAUAAACUGCAGACUCGCAGCU